GACGAUAAGAUUAAUGAAAUGUCGCUAUCGACAUUUUGAAGUGUGGUUUUACACACAUGUGGUGAGUCUUCGAUCCAAGCCCAACCUUUCCACCAAAAUUGCCCUACGCUAGCAACAUGCCCUCGACCUUGAUAGUAGGGGCGACUCGUGGCCUAGGGAAGGAAUUGGCACUAUAUUAUGCCGACAACCUCUCCCACCAUGUAUACGCUACAUCUCGAUCGUCAGAUGCACCUACAGGCCUCAGCCAUGGCAACAUAACCUGGCUACGGAACAUCGACUUGUCAAAGUCUAGCUGUGGGCAGGAUCUGGCUACCUCAUUGCACGGCAAGACAAUUGACAACUGUAUUAUAACAGCAGGAUAUUUUGCGACGGAGGAUUUCGGCCAUGCCAACUGGGAUGAUGAGGUCAAGAUGUAUACUCUCUCAUCGGUCGCACCAGUAUUUAUCGUUCAAGAAUUGGUGAAAGCGUCGACUUUGGUUCAAGGUAGCAAAGUGAUCCUGGUCUCUUCAGAGUCAGGUUCAAUUACUCUGAGGCAUGAGCAAGAGGGAGGAGGCAAUUUCGGUCACCAUGGCUCCAAGGCAGCCUUGAACAUGGUAGCUAAGCAACUGUCCUUCGACUUGAAAGAUAGAGGCAUAGCCGUCGCUUCAGUGCACCCUAGCUUCAUGAGAACCGAAAUGACCAAGAGUGUCGGCUUCGAUCAAUUUUGGGAAGCCGGUGGCGCUCUCGAUCCCCAAGAUGCUGCGCGCAUAUUGGCUGACUGGAUCGAGAAAGUCUUCUCUCUGGAGCAGUCUGGUACAUACUGGGCACCUCGAGGUACCCGUGACAUUGGAAACUGGGACGUGGUGAUGGGCAAAUCAACAGCGCAGGAAGGCCCUGUCCAACUUCCAUGGUGAGGCAUGAUAAGCUCAGGUGUCGCGCAUAUCCAACAUGGCUAGAUUCCACGCAAGCUGUGGGAAUGCCGUCAGCCACAUCCUCGGAUUACAUUCAACUCGGGAUCCAAAAACAUCGUCCAGAUCUUGAUAAAUC